UCUCCAGCCCUAGUGUCGACCAACUUCUCCCCCGGUUCCACCACCACCACCACAUCAGGCCCUGGGUCGACCAGCCAGAUCUCCAGUACCCUGCCCCGUACAGCUGUCCCCAUGAGCCCACGCAACUCCAUGAUGAAGAGACGGCAGAGGAAAAAAGAGCAUAAGAGCUCAUCUGUGUCACUGGCAUCCAGUACAGUGGGUCCUGGUGGUCAGAUCGUCCACACAGAGAGCAGUGAGAUCACCCUAAGAGGAGACCCUCUAAACGGCUUUGGGGUCCAGCUACAGGGAGGCAUCUUCGCUACAGAGACCCUCUCUGCUCCCCCGCUCAUACGUUUCAUAGAGCCGGACAGCUCGGCCGAGAGGUGCGGCCUGCUGCAGGUUGGAGACAGACUCCUGUCCAUCAACGGAAUCCCCACGGAGGAUGGAACACUGGAGGAGGCCAAUCAGCUUCUCCGAGACGCCGCUCUGGCCAAUAAGGUCUCUCUUGAAAUAGAGUUUGACGUCGCAGAGUCUGUUGUGCCCAGUAGUGGAACAUUCCAUGUGAAGCUGCCUAAGAAGAGAGGGGUGGAGCUGGGCAUCACUAUCAGUGCCAGUAAGAAGUCUGGAGAGCCUCUAAUCAUCUCCGACAUAAAGAAAGGCAGUAUGGCUCACAGGACUGGUACCCUAGAGCCAGGUGACAAGCUGCUGGCAAUAGACAACAUCAGACUGGAGAACUGUUCCAUGGAAGACGCCUGUCAGAUCCUACAACAGGCAGAAGACCUGGUCAAACUCAAGAUCCGCAAGGACGAGGACAACUCAGAUGAACAGGAGACGUCUGGUUCUAUCAUCUAUACGGUGGAGCUGAAGAGAUAUGGAGGCCCCCUGGGCAUAACCAUCUCAGGCACAGAGGAGCCAUUUGACCCGAUCGUUAUCUCUGGCCUCACCAAGAGGGGCCUGGCUGAGAGGACCGGAGCCAUCCAUGUGGGAGAUCGUAUCCUAGCUAUCAACAGCGUCAGUCUGAAGGGAAAGCCGCUCAGCGAGGCCAUUCACCUACUACAGAUGGCCGGGGAGACAGUCACACUCAAGAUCAAAAAACAGGUUGACGGAGACGAGAAGAAGAAGGAUGGAGAGAUGGAGAAUGAUUUGAGUGACACAGAAGACAUAUCAGACAUGACAGACUCUCAGAAGACCAACAAGCUGUCAGAGAUCUACUCCACCACCAUACCCAGUGUGGACUCUGCCAUGGAGUCCUGGGAUGGAUCCGGCAUCGACGCCGGCUACGGAAGCCAAGGAACCUACAUCCACCAGGCAGCAGGCAUUGCCCUGCACCCCCAUGAGUGGAGGAGUGCCAAGCAAAGGAACAGCCCCCCACCCCCGGCCCGCCGUAGUAAGAACUACCCUUUUAGUGAUGGGGGAUUCAGUGAAGACGACUGGGACAAACCGUCAGGAUACACCAGCCAGCCUCACAGUGACGGCAUCACGUUAGACCACGAGGACAGUUUCUGGUGUCAGGCCCUGGAAGACUUGGAGACCUGUGGACAGUCUGAGCUGCUCAGAGAGAUAGAGGCAUCCAUCAUGACGGGCAGUGCCAUCAGUAUUGGGGUGGAUGGUAACAGGUCCCAUGCCGUCUCCCACCCUGGGGACCCCGUCAGCCAGCCCCGCGUCAGCCCUCUACGGAGGAACUCCCUCCUGCACCACGAUGCCAAGACCCACCUGCACCAGGAGGUCCACCUCCACCAGGAGGCCCAUCUGCCCCCGGAGGCCCAGCUCCUGCACCACGAGGCCAGAACUCAGCUGCAUCAUGAGGCCAAGGCCAAGAACACACUCCGGGUGUCUGAGAAGACUUGGGAGUCCCGCAGAAUCAAGGAGGAGAUGCAGGAGAUCCUGUCCCCGACCCCUCUUGAGCUACACAAGGUGACUGUGAUGAAGGAUCCAGAGAGCGAUGACUUCGGCUUCAGCGUAUCUGACGGGUUCCUAGAGAAAGGUGUUUAUGUCAACAUGAUCCGUCCCGAGGGCCCAGCAGACCGCGCAGGCCUGAAACCAUAUGACAGGAUCCUACAGGUGAACCAUGUGCGUACCAGAGACUUUGACUGCUGCUUGGCUGUGCCCCUGAUCACUGAGGCUGGGGACAAGCUGGAGCUGGUGAUCAGCAGGAACCCUCUGGCCCAGCAACUGCACCAAGACUGUCUGGACCAGGACCAAGGCCUUCUCAUCUCUGCACUGCAGUCCAACAGUAGGGAACAAAACCACUAUACCACCACUACAACCCGAGCCAUGGACCUGUGAUUACAGACACGCAAUACAGACACACAGAACCACAGACUAUGACUAAGGACUACUGACUUCUGCACUGCAGUCCAACAGCUGAGACCACCAAUUACAACCCGAGCCAUGGGCCUGUGAUUACAGACACGCAGUACAGACUAACUACAGACCUGUAACUACAGACCUCUAACCACAGACAUGUAACUACAGACCGGUAACUACAGACCUAUAACUGCAGACCUGUAACUAUAGACCUGUAACUACAGACCUGUAACUACAGACCUGUAACUACACACCUGUAACCACAGACCUGUAACCACAGACAUGUAACUACAGACCUGUAACUACAGACCUCUAACCACAGACAUGUAACUACAGACCGGUAACUACAGACCUGUAACCACAGACCUGUAACCACAGACAUGUAACUACAGACCUGUAACUACAGGCCUGUAACCACAGACCGGUAACUACAGACAUGGAACUACAGAAAUGUAACCAAAGACAUGUAACUACAGACAUGUAACUACAGACAUGUAACUACAGACAUGCAACCACAGACAUGCAACCACAGACAUGUAACUACAGACCUGUAACCCCAGACCUGUAACCACAGACCUGUAACCAAAGACCUGUGACUACAGACAUGUAACCAUAGACAUGUAACCACAGACCUGUGACCACAGACCUGUAACUAUAGACCUGUAACCACAGACCUGUAACCACAGACCUGUAACCACAGACCUGUAACUAUAGACCUGUAACCCCAGACCUGUAACCACAGACCUGUAACUAAGGACCUGUAACCACAGACCUGUAACCACAGACCUGUAACCACAGACCUGUAACUAUAGACCUGUAACCACAGACCUGUAACCACAGACCUGUAACCACAGACCUGUAACUAAGGACCUGUAACCACAGACCUGUAACUACAGACCUGUAACUAAGGACCUGUAACCACAGACCUGUAACUAAGGACCUGUAACCACAUACCUGUAACUAAGGACCUGUAACCACAGACCUGUAACUAAGGACCUGUAACCACAGACCUGUAACUAAGGACCUGUAACCACAGACCUGUAACCAAGGACCUGUAACCACAGACCUGUAACUAGAGACACACAGAGACUGAACCACAGACCAGCAUCACAGACCUGUGACACUACUAUACAGAUAAAAAUUAAAGGUGCACAUACAAAGUUGACGUGUUUACUACGUACAUCGCUGGACCUGUGACCAGGUGUUCAACUGACACGGAACCACAGACACUACCCGUGGUGGCUGGACUUGUACCAACAGCUACACCGUACAGACUCACAGAACUCUGUCUUCAGCCCUAUCAAAAACAGUAAAAAAAAAAUGUGAAGAUGUUUUUACAGAUUCCUUUUUACCCCAAGUCUCGUGUUUCCUGUGUUGUCAUUAUGUCAACCCCUUAUAUAUAUAUAAAAAAAUGAAGUAACAGUU